AUCGAAUGUGGGAAGCUGUCUGCUGCGCGAGCUGUUGCCCUGCGGUGGCCUCAAGGUGUUCGUGAACUGCUGUCCGCCUCUUUAUGAAAAAGAAAACAAGUCUUGACUCUUCACCAUUGAAACACAGUUGUUAAGAUACUUGGAAUUUUUGCCACUUUUUGACAAAAAUGGCAACCAAUGAUGCCAUUCUGAAGAGACUGGAACAGAAGGGUGCAGAGGCAGAUCAAAUUAUUGAAUAUCUUAAGAAGCAAGUUGCUCUUCUUAAAGAGAAAGCAAUUUUGCAGGCAACUUUGAGAGAGGAGAAGAAACUUCGUGUUGAAAAUGCUAAACUAAAGAAAGAAAUUGAAGAACUGAAACAAGAGCUAAUUCAGGCAGAAAUUCAAAAUGGAGUGAAACAAAUACCAUUCUUUUCUGGUACUCCACUACAAACUAAUUCUACACUUUCUGAAAAUUUGAUACAGUCUACAUCAAUAACAGCUGUAUCUUCUGAUGCCAAUGAACAGAUAAAUGGAGGCAGAGGAGAAGAAAAGAAGAUAAAAGAAAAAAUUGAAAAGAAAGGAGAGAAAAAGGAGAAAAAACAGCCGCAAUCAAUAGCAGGAAGUGCCGAUUCUAAGCCAAUAGAUGUUUCCCGUCUGGAUCUUAGGAUUGGUUGUAUCAUCACUGCCAGAAAACACCCUGAUGCAGAUUCUUUGUAUGUAGAAGAAGUAGAUGUGGGCGAAACAGCCCCAAGAACAGUCGUCAGUGGCCUGGUGAAUCAUGUUCCUCUUGAACAGAUGCAAAAUCGGAUGGUGAUUUUACUUUGUAACCUCAAACCUGCAAAGAUGAGGGGAGUGCUAUCUCAAGCAAUGGUGAUGUGUGCUAGUUCACCAGAGAAAGUCGAAAUCUUGACUCCUCCUAAUGGAUCUCUUCCUGGAGACAGAAUUACUUUUGAUGCUUUUCCUGGAGAGGCUGACAAGGAGCUGAAUCCCAAGAAGAAGAUAUGGGAGCAGAUACAGCCUGAUCUUUACACUAAUGAUGAGUGUGUGGCUACAUACAAAGGAGCUCCCUUUGAGGUGAAAGGGAAGGGAGUGUGCAGGGCUCAAACUAUGGCCAACAGUGGAAUCAAAUAA